AUGUUGUCUCGAUUCUUAACUCUCCUCUUUACUUUCGUCUCCAUUCUAUCUAUGGAAGCUGUUGUAGCUACCACGUACAACGUGGUGAGCUACGGAGCGAAGUCAGAUGGCAAGACCGACUCCACCAAGGCAUUCCUCAGUGCCUGGUCGUCGGCUUGCAGCUCUUCUGACUCGUCAUCCAUCUACGUUCCACCGGGGGAGUAUUUGAUCGGAUCAAUAGCUAGAUUUAACGGAGAAACUUGCAAGUCAAAUGAUAUCACAAUCCGCAUUGAUGGUACUCUUUUGGCACCGUCGGAUUAUGAGGCAUUGGGAAAUGGAGGCAAUUGGAUUGUCUUCGAGAGAGUCGACGGAGUUUCCAUCUAUGGUGGCACCUUGGAUGCUCGAGGUGCUGGCUUAUGGGCUUGCAAGGCUUCCAAGAACCGAUGUCCUUCUGGUGUCACGUCUUUGGAGUUGAGCCAAUCGAAUAAUAUAUUUGUAAGUGGAUUGACAUCCUUAAACAGUCAAAUGUUUCAUAUUACCGUAUUCGGAUGCAACAACGUAAAAUUACAAGGCCUAAAGGUUUCGGCCCCAGCCGAAAGUCCAAACACCGAUGGGAUUCAUGUAUCGUCAUCGUCCGGUGUAACCAUCACCAACACAAGGAUAGGCACGGGCGACGACUGCAUAUCCAUAGGCCCUGGUUCUAGGAAUUUAUGGUUUGAGAAUAUAGCUUGUGGCCCUGGCCACGGCAUUAGCAUUGGGAGUCUUGGUGGGAACUCACUCGUGGCCGGAGUUCAAAAUGUGACGGUUACAACAGCUACAUUCACCGGAACUGAAAACGGGGUGAGGAUAAAGACUUGGGCCGAGGCUGGGCUAGGGUUUGUUAGAAAUGUUGUGUUUGAGCAUGCCACUAUGGUUAAUGUACAAAAUCCUAUUGUCAUUGAUCAACAUUAUUGUCCCGGUAGCAACAAUUGCCCAAAUCAGGCGUCGGGAAUCAAGAUUAGCGACGUGACAUAUCAAGAUAUUCACGGAACAUCAGCAACAGAAGUGGCGGUGAAAUUUGAGUGCAGCAAAGCAAAUCCGUGUAGUGGAAUAACAUUGAAUGAUGUUGACCUAACAUAUGGAAAGGCAUCGGCCGAGUCGUCCUGCUCAAACGCGAGAGGUAGCGCCUCGGGGGUGGUCCUUCCCACCAGUUGUUUGUAG